GAAUAACACGAGUUGGUCACGAAUGGUAUGUGGUAGAUUAGAAACGUGACGUCAUUGUGCUUAAUGACGUCACAAUCAGGUGCAUUUCGUGCGUGCUAGUGGACGAGAUGUACAGGUCGUACAACAAUUAUAAAGUUGUAGCUUCCGACAGGAAGGCAAACGUUGCUCCGUGUUUGUACUGGGAUGUGGACAAGGUGGCCGACUGGGUGGAGGAGAUAGGCUUCCCUCUGUACAAGGAAUGUUUCCGCCGCAAUUUCAUCAACGGCCGUAAGCUGAUCUGUGUGCACGCCUCCUCGCUACCCCGGAUGGGUGUAUUGAAGUUCGAGGACAUCCUGUGCAUCACCAAGAAGAUCCGCCAGCUGUUGGACAUCGAGGCUACCGGCACGAACAACAUCUGGACCCAGAAGGACUUCAAGUACAUGUACUUUCAGCAGAAGAAACGUACCGGGCGGAUGGUGGACAAUCUCUCAUACAGAGUGUUUGUCAAGAAGUAUGACAAGCUCUUCAGAUAGACAGAUGUUGAGUGUCCGCCCGAAAGAUGUAGCAGUUUCUGAAUAUAUUAAAACCUAAAAUCUA